UAUAAUUUUGUAGUGUUACGUUGUCAAACUCAGAGAUUCACAGACACAGUGUUUUAUUAUAUAUAGGAAAUUCAUAGAUCAAACAGACAUCAAAACUUGUCAAUUUUCAGUUCGUGAUAGAAAAAUCAGUAAACAUUAUUAAUUCAUUAUCUCUCUUAAUUACUAUGUAAUUUGUAAAGGAGAAUGUUAUCAUCUAUAAUAAAAGAACAUCAAACGAAACAAGCUGCUAAACGAAUUGUACAAGAACAGAAACGCAAAGAAUGUAUUGCUGCAGCUAAUGACUUAACUCAAGCACUUGUAGAUCAUCUUAAUGUGGGAGUUGCACAAGCAUACUUGAACCAGAAGAAAUUGGAUGCUGAAGCAAAAUUACUACACCAAGGAGCAAUCAAUUUUGCUAAACAAACACAACAGUGGCUCGCUCUUGUUGAGAACUUUAGUAGCGCAUUAAAGGAAAUUGGUGAUGUGGAGAACUGGGCCAGAAGCAUUGAAAAUGACAUGAAAAUUAUAACAGAUACAUUAGAAAAAGCCUAUGAAAUUACCCAAGAACAACCAAGUAACAGUCAAUAAAAAGUAUUAAUAGAAAUAAGACAAAAUGCCAUUGGACACCCCAACAGUUCUCUCCAUCCAAAGUCAUGUAGUACAUGGCUAUGUUGGCAAC